AUGGCGUCCUCUGUCCCACCGGGCACCGUACGGGCGGCGACAGCAGGCCCCCGUACAGGUUUCGGCUUCGCCUCCAAAACCAAGAAGAAGCAUUUCGUGCAGCAGAAGGUGAAGGUGUUCCGGGUGGCAGACCCACUGGUGGGUGUGUUCCUGUGGGGCGUAGCCCACUAGAUCAAUGAGCUCAGCCAGGUGCCUCCCCCGGUGAUGCUGCUGCCAGAUGACUUUAAAGGCCGCUCCAAGAUCAAGGUCAACAAUCACCUUUUCCACAGGGAAAAUCUACCCAGUCAUUUCAAGUUCAAGGAGUAUUGUCCCCAUGUCUUCAGGAACCUCCGUCAUCGAUUUGGCAUUGAUGACCAAGAUUACUUGGUGUCCCUUAUGAAACCCCUCAGCAAAAGUGAAGGCAGUGAUGGUCGCUUCCUUAUCUCCUACGAUCGGACUCUGGUCAUCAAAGAAGUAUCCAGUGAAGACAUUGCUGACAUGCAUAGCAACCUCUCCAACUAUCAUCAGUACAUUGUGAAGUGCCAUGGCAACACGCUUCUGCCCCAGUUCCUGGGGAUGUACCGAGUCAGUGUGGACAAUGCAGACAGCUACAUGCUUGUGAUGCGCAGUAUGUUUAGCCACUGUCUUCCUGUUCACAGGAAGUAUGACCUCAAGGGUUCCCUAGUGUCCCGGGAAGCCAGCGACAAAGAAAAGAUUAAAGAAUUGUCCACGCUUAAGGAUAUAGACUUUCUCAGCAAGAACCAGAAAGUAUAUAUUGGUGAAAAGGAGAAGAAAAUAUUUCUGGAGAAGCUAAAGAGAGAUGUGGAGUUUCUAGUGCAGCUGAAGAUCAUGGACUAUAGCCUUCUGCUGGGCAUCCACGACAUCAUUCGGGGCUCUGAACCAGAGGAGGAGGGGCCCGCGCGGGAGAAUGAGUCAGAGGUGGAUGGGGACUGCAGUCUCACUGGACCUCCUGCUCUGGUGGGCUCCUACGGCACCUCCCCAGAGGGUGUCGGAGGCUACAUCCAUUCCCAUCGGCCCCUUGGCCCAGGAGACUUUGAGUCUUUCAUUGAUGUCUACGCCAUCCGGAGUGCUGAAGGAGCCCCCCAGAAGGAGGUCUAUUUCAUGGGCCUCAUUGACAUCCUUACACAGUAUGAUGCCAAGAAGAAAGCAGCUCAUGCAGCUAAAACUGUCAAGCAUGGGGCUGGGGCAGAGAUCUCUACUGUCCAUCUGGAGCAGUAUGCUAAGCGAUUUCUGGAUUUUAUUACCAACAUCUUUGCCUAAGAGACUGCCCGACUCUCCCUGAUGUUCAAGGUGGUAGGAUUCUGAGAGGCUGGGGGGAAUUGUGGAUAUUCUAGCCACCACAUCUCUUCUUCUUUUGCUAAAUUCAGGCUGCAGGCUCCUUCCAUCCAGAUAACUCCAUCCUGUUUAGUAGGCUUCUGACCCUCAGAAAUACGUUGUCCUUUCUCCCCUUUGCCCAUUUUUCUCCCCUCUCUCCCUCCCCCCAAGAAGUCUGCUUGUAUUAUUAGAAUGUUAUUGUUGAUUCUCUC